CCAUCACCACUACAGAGCCCUCUUUGUCUGAUAUCCGACAAGCUCAGGCGACGACCGUCCCUCUGACCUGGACCUCCAAUGUCACUGGCAAGGCCUACGACCGCUUCUACCAGAUCUGGUUGGAGAACGUGGUAUGUAUUGGUGCCUUUGUGGUGUAUGCCACUUGGAGCUCACAUUCCUGUGCAGGACUAUGACAAUGCUGCCAACGAUACCAACCAGCAGUGGCUGGCCAGUAAGGGCAUCACCUUGACCAAUUACUACGGUACCGGUCAUCCUUCUCAGCCCAACUAUGUUGCUGCUGCCAGUGGAGACAACUAUGGCAUGGAUAAUGAUAAUUUCCAUGACAUCCCUGCCAAUGUCUCUACCAUUGCCGACCUUUUGAACACCAAAGGCAUCUCGUGGGGCGAGUACCAGGAGCAUAUGCCUUUCCCCGGCUUCCAGGGAUACAACUUCUCCAACCAGGUGACAUAUGCCAACGAUUACAUGCGUAAGCACAACCCCCUGGUCUCCUUCGACUCGAUCAGCAGCAACGACACCGCUCUGCGCCUGAUCAAAAACUUCACGACCUUUUACAACGACCUCGAUAACCACGUGCUCCCGCAAUGGGCCUUUAUCACGCCUAACAUGACCAACGACGCCCAUGACACCAACAUCACCUUUGGCUCCCAGUGGCUCCGGGGCUUUGUCUCCGAGUUGAUGAACAACACCUACUUCUGGGACAACACCCUCCUGCUCCUGACCUUUGACGAAACCGAAACCUACGGCGUCCCCUCCCGCGAGGAGUACGCCGAGCGCAACCGCGUCUUCAGCGUCCUCCUCGGCGGCGCCGUCCCCGAGCAUCUGGUGGGUACCGAGGACGACACCGUCUACACCCACUACUCGACUAUCGCCACCGCCUCGGCGAACUGGGGGCUCCCCUCGCUCGGCCGCUGGGAUUGCGGCGCCAACAUCAUCCAGUUCGUGGCCGACAAGGUCGGCUACACCAACUGGGAUGUCGACAACACCCACCUCUUCGUGAACGUCUCCCUGCCCGGGCCCCUCUCCGAGGCCGACUACUCCCAGUACCGGCCCACCUGGCCCAUCCCCGCCACUAACGCCUCCUGCUCGGCAGGCUACGGGGUUCUUCCGGCUGUUGUGGACGCAUAUCAGGGUCAGGAGCCCACCUACAACUACACCUCGCCGUUUCCCUAUGAUGCGCCGUACGGAUUGAAUGUGGGGACGUCGUACUCGCGGAACGGAACGACCUAUGUCUCAGGUGUGAAUGCGACCGGGGUAAUCGGCGAUGACUCCCUUUCGAACUCCACCUCCUCUUCUGCCUCUGCUUCUUCUUCGGCGGUUUUUACGGGUGCGGCUGUCCCGGAGAUGAGAGCUGCCGGGGGGGCCUCGGUCGCUGCGGCUGGUUUGGUGGCGCUGUUCGGCUUGAUGUAAAAGGAACUGAAGGAUUCAACGACAGAAAUGGGUAUAAGCUUUUAGUGCGCGAGCAGGGUGUUUUGUCUUGAUAAUAGUUGAGAAUUAAUAAUCAUCACAUUAAACUACGGAAACUCCCUCCUGUGUACAUAUUGUUCAAUGUUGCAAGUUCCCUCAGAGGCCAACUUUGC